UUUUUUUUUUUUUUUUUCUUCACUAGGUAAACUCAUCGCCAGCUCCUCCCGGUGUCAGUCGCGCCGUCUGGGACGUUAAAGACGGGGGGAAAAAAAAUGUCGGGCGCGGAUCCCCUAAAAUCCGCCAUUUCCUACGAAAACCAGGACGACACGUCGCUGGCUCUGCCGUCCGUCAACCAGUACCGGUCCGGAGCGCAGCGCGUCAAGGAACAACUUCAAACCAUCAAGAGGACCAGGUCCAAACACUUAAGCGCCAAAAGCGGACCCAUCCCCCUGUCUCCAACAAGCCCGUUCAAUGACGCUGAAGGAAGUGUCUUCUUUUCCAAUGGCUUCUCUAGAAGUUUCAGCCUCGAGAAAAACAUAAAUAAUCAUCAAUUAUUCGACAACUCUAAAAGACAAACCAGGAAGAAAAGUUCUACAUUUUCUGGCUAUCGCUACGAGAGCGGCUAUGGCCUCUCUGGCUCUGUGGCAGCGGGUCAAACCAACACCAGUCGGAGCGAGCCUGCCCUGACCUUGCAGCCAAAAUCGUCUGUCCCACCACAGAGAAAGAGCACCUACGUAAAGAGCAGAAGUAGCAGCAGCAGUCAGUACAUAAAGAGGCUCAACUCACAAUCACAUCAGAAGAAUGUCUCAAAUGGUCAGGUCAAAACACAGUACCACACAGGUGUUCCARUCAGUCCAGUGCAGAUAAAACCACAACCUUCUAUGACCAUCUUAAAUGGUUCAGCUCAGACAAAAUCACAGUACCACACAGGUGUUCCUGUCAGUCCAGUGCAGAUAAAACCACAACCUUCUAUGACCAUUUUAAAUGGUUCAGCUCAGACAAAAUCACAGUACCACAUUGGCAUUCCAAUCAGUCCAGUACAGAUAAAACCACAACCUUCUAUGACCAUUUUAAAUGGUUCAGCUCAGACAAAAUCACAGUACCACACAGGUGUUCCUGUCAGUCCAGUGCAGAUAAAACCACAACCUUCUAUGACCAUUUUAAAUGGUUCAGCUCAGACAAAAUCACAGUACCACACUGGUGUUCCAAUCAGUCCAGUACAGAUAAAACCACAACCUUCUAUGAUCAUUUCAAAUGGUUCAGCUCAGAUAAAAUCACAGUACCACACAGUUGUUCCAAAUGGCUUGGGUCCGGUUAAAACAUCAUAUCCUGCAGUGGUUCCAAAAAGUCCAGGACAGAUAAAAGCACGUCAUUCUAUGUUCGUUUCUAGUUCAGGUCAGAACAAAACACAGUAUCCUACAGGAUUGCCAAAAAGUCCAGGGCAGGUAAGACCAAAUUCUAUGUUUUUUUCAAGUACUUUAGGUCAGAACAAAACACAAUAUGGCACCUUUACUCCAAACGGCCCAGAACAAAUAAAAACACAUCAGUCUAUGAUCGCUUCAAAUGGAUCAGGUCACAUCAAAUCACAGUAUUUCAAGAGUAGUCAAAGUGGCAUGAUGGGGACAAAUUCAACAACUUUCAUCGAUGGGUCUACCAAGAUCAAAGAAACCUGUGGGGUAAAUGAAACCACUUCAUCUGCUCCUAUCACGUUGAAGGAAGCUGUGGAGUUUCUUUCCAAGGAUGACGAGAACUACCAAUACUGUGGCGCCUCCUACAUUCAACACAACACUUUCAUUAGUGAAAAUGCAAAAGAGGAGGUAUUGAAGCUAAACGGCAUCCCUCCCCUGGUGAAUUUGCUGCGUAGCUCCAGCGCACAGGUCAGGUACACGGCCUCGGCUGCCCUCCGUAACUUGUCCUAUAAGAGCGACGGCAACAAAAGGGAGAUCCAGCGCUGCAGCGGCAUCCCGGCGGCUGUCACUCAGCUCAAAUGCUCAGACUCCGCUGAUCUCAAUAAACAACUGACAGGACUUCUGUGGAAUUUAUCCUCUGCGGAAUACCUGAAGUCGGACCUGAUGAAGGAAGCUCUGCCUGUUCUAACGGAGCAUGUGCUCCUGCCUYACACAAAGCAGACCACAAAAACUGAAAAAGAUCCUGAAGUCUUCUUUCACACUACAGGAUGUAUCAGAAACCUCAGCAGCGCAAAGCAAGACAGCAGAAAGGCGCUGAGGAAGCAGAAACAUUUGGUCGACUCUUUAGUGAGUUAUGUUAAAGAAUGUGUGGACAAAGGACAAGAUGAUGAGUCCUUAGGUAACUGCCUGUGCAUCUUGCACAAUCUGUCCUACAAACUUGAGGCCGAGGCUCCAGAACUGUUCUACAACAUCAACGCUUUGGCUUCGACUAAAGCCAGGAGCCAGAGUUACAACAACAUCAGCCCUGUCGGCUGCUUCAGCUCACCAACCAAACCUCAUGAGUACCACUUCSACUACCCGGUCAUCGAGGAGCAGAAAGCCAGCGGUGCCGGCUUGCUGAUCCACUCCACAACGCUGCAGAGCUACCUGUCUUUGCUCGAUUCGAAUCGACGGGACGAGACGCGGGAAACCUGCUGCAAAAUCAUGCAGAAUUUGACUUCCAAWAACAACGCUGUCUCAAAUGUAAUGAGUGCGAAGAUUGUGCAGAAACUGAACGGCAUGCCGUGUAUCAGCCCUCUCCUGACCUCAGAGAGAAUCAGCUUGCAAACGAGCGCCAUGGCUCUGRUUGGAAACUUGGUGAAGAACCCAAAUCUGCAAACUGUCAUCAGUACGAGAGCUCUCCCUGAUCUGGUGACUGUCCUGAACAACGGCACGGAAGGAGCGAAUGAGUCCGACGACACUUUGGCCAUGGCGUGCCAGACAGCCGGCACCCUGCUUCUGAGAGAACCGGAGUUCAACAAGAAAUAUCUCAACCAGAGYCUGAUCGAAUCCCUCCAGCACAUCAGCAGGAACAGAUAUUUCCCCAAAUCCAGCAAAGCCGCAUCUCUUAUUCUCCUGAACAUGUGGUCGGAGAAAGAGUUGCAAAGCUGUCUGAGAAAGAAUGGGAUGAUCAAGAGCAUGUUUGUGAAUGACACCACCGUGGCAGCGCAGAAGUUGGCCCAAGGGAUUUAUUAGCACAACAACUCGACAGACUUUUUGGGAUUUAUUUCCUCCGAAGCGCGACGUCUGCACUUCUACGAGGCACUGACUCAUCGAGACAAAACUUAAUCUUCUCUCAGUUCGCAAAGGUCAUUCCACAAUAUUUAUCCAUCAACCCUUCACACUGCGUUCGUGCCUUGUACAUACGCUGUGAGAUUUUGUUUUUAAAAUGCAAUUAAAAGGUGAAGGUUUGGCUCUAACAUGGCAGCAAUAAAAGUCAGAAGUGUAAAUUUGCUUUUAAAGUUUUAAAACUAAUACAAGCGUUUUAGUUGGUUUUCAAAUCUGGCUUUUUCUGUAAAAAAAGCAUGAUUUUUAUUUUGCACUAAAAUGUAUGCUUUAUUGUUAUGUAGCAAUGCAAUAAAAGGGAUUCGAUAGUUUAAAGUAAGCAUGCAAAGUAACAUUGUUUCAGAGAUUUUUUUCUUUUUUUAUGUAAUCAUUAGCAUUUCUUUAAGUUCAAUUUAUAGUUGUGCUUUUUUUUUUGUCAUAAUUGUUGCAAUAAAGCUGGCAGACGCUUGCCGUACAACCUGCAACGAGA